CAAAUUCCAAAUUCGUGGUCGAAACUUCACCGUUAAAUAUUCGCUAGGCACUGACCGCCUUACAUUACGUUCGUUCGCAGUAGACCGACGAAGCCUGGAGAGGCUCCAUGGCAGCACAAUCAGUUUGCAAAGGAACGGGGUCCGAGAUUGACUUCAGUUACUUCGGUGGUGCUGAAUCUUUCACGGAAGGGAAACGCUCUCUACGUCGGACAACCGUUGUUUCCCCUUCUGAACAAGAUGAUGGUGUAUCUUACCCAGGUCCACCGCAAGACCCCACAGAUUUUUUGUGGAUAAUGACGGAGGAACCUCACCGCUCACGACGCAUGGCCAUUAUGAAAGCGCAUCCCGAAGUUACCAAGCUCAUGGGGUACGAGCCUCUCACAAAAUAUGUCGUACUGGCUGUCGUAUCACUGCAGCUCUACCUUGCCAUAUAUCUCCGACACACCCAUCCGCUCUCUUUCCGCUUUUUGUUCCUCGCGUAUGCUGUAGGCGGCACAACCAACCAGAAUCUUUUCCUCGCCAUUCAUGAGAUUACGCAUAACUUAGCAUUCAAGGGCAUUAAUGCGAACAAGGCCCUGGCCGUUUUCGCGAACUUGCCCAUCGGUGUACCCUAUUUCGCCGCGUUCAAGAAAUACCACAUAGAACAUCACAAACAUCUUGGAGAGGAUGGGAUAGACACUGAUCUGCCCACAAAUUUUGAACUGCUUUGUCUCAAUAACGUUCUUGGAAAGACAUUUUUCGCGACGUUCCAGAUAUUCUUUUACGCCCUAAGACCUGGCUUUGUCAAAAUGCAGACGCCCAACCGAUGGCAUUUGUACAAUGUGAUUGUGCAGCUUCUCUUGGAUUAUAUCCUGGUGCAUACUUUCGGCAUUCGCCCCCUGCUAUACCUGCUCUUCUCGAGCUUCUUUGCCGGAAGUCUACAUCCAUGCGCAGGCCACUUCAUUGCCGAACAUUAUGUAUGGGAUGGUCUCAGCCAGGAGACCUAUAGCUAUUAUGGUCCCCUGAACAUCCUGGCUUACAACGUUGGCUAUCACAACGAGCAUCAUGACUUCCCCUCUAUACCGUGGACGCGUCUUCCAGCAUUGCGAGCACUGGCACCAGAGUUCUAUGACAUUCUUCCAUCACAUCCCAGUUGGCCGAUGGUCAUCGUGAACUUUAUUCGAGACAAGGAGGUCGGCAUCUUCGCACGUGCCAAGAGGUUGGCCAAGAAUAGCAAGCAGAAGCAUGAGAGUCCAAGCUCAAGCUCAAGCAGUGAUCGGGAGUGAAGUGGUCGACUAACAUUUAGGUGCUUUCUUAAUGGACGUUGUAUAUACAUCGCCGUACGACAAUCAAUUGGCUUUGCAGAAAGGAAUGAGGAUCAGUAUUCGCCUUCGAU